AUUCCACUCAUUUAGAGACAGAGCCGGGCGAGGUGAACAACAUCAUCUCAGAUCAACCAACUGUGAUCAUGUUGGCAGUGGUGUUCCUGCUUGUGAUGGGUAUGGUGGAUGUGAGCACCAGCCAGCGUUUCAGUCCAUUCCAGCGGCUGUCCCAUUUAAGAGGGCGAUGGCAGAAUGCCGGCUGGUAUUCCGAGGACAUAGAUUGCCCCCUGGAGUGUGAUUGCCCAGCAGCCUACCCCAUGGCUAUGUACUGUCAGAGUCGCAGCCUUCAGCAUGUUCCUUAUAUCCCAUCACAUAUCAAAUAUGUCUACCUGCAGAAUAACCAGAUCACAGGCAUCCAGGAUGGUGUGUUUAACAAUGCUACCAACCUGCUCUGGUUGAUUAUGUCUCACAACAAGCUCAAGUCAGACCAGAUCAGCAAGAAUGUCUUCAGCAAAUUAGAAAAAUUGGAACAGCUCUACCUGGACCAUAAUGAGCUGAGCCAUAUGCCUCAGAACUUGCCCGUAUCUAUCACAAACUUGCGGCUUGGUCAUAAUAAGAUCUCAAAAAUCUCCUCCAACUCGUUUGAAGGAAUGGUCAACCUUACCACCCUACAACUCCUAGCAAAUAUCAUAGAGGACACACCAGAUGUAUUUAAGGGACUGAAGUCCAUGACCCUGCUGGAUAUGAGGAAGAACAAGCUCAAACAAAUCCCUGUCAACCUCCCAGAGGACCUGCAGCAGCUUUACCUGGAGUUUAAUGACAUUGAAAGUGUGCCACCAGGCUUUCUCACCAUGAAUCCCAAACUGCAAUUUGUCCGGUUGUCUCAUAACAAGCUGACUGACAAAGGACUUCCUGCCAGUGUCUUCAAUAUCAGCACACUUGUUGAACUUGACCUGUCUUUUAAUAAACUGGAGAAGAUCCCUGCUGUUAGCACGAAUCUGCAGAACCUGUACUUGCAAGCCAAUAAGAUCAAAGAGUUCUCCCUGAGCAGUUUCUGCAGUACAACUGACAUGACAAACUUCUCAAUGCUAAAAAUGCUGCGUUUGGAGGCCAAUGAGAUCAGCGCCAGUGAGAUUCCUGCUGAAGCUGCCUACUGUUUGAGGCGUGCCUUUGUGGACGUGUAGCCCUUCCUGCCUUAUAGUGUCUCCAUCUGUACACUAUUCGCUGUCCUCUCCACUAAAAUGUGGUUGAACAGUUUUUAUACUUUUUUUCAGUGAGUAAACAGUUCCAGUAUUAGUCAACAGGAAAUACCAUAGUUGUUUAAUCCCAUAUCCAGAUGGCAGGCAUGAGUGGUAUGAGUAUGAGUGACAGAGAAUUAGGAAAAAGGGGCAGAUGACUGACAUUGUUUUUACAAAUGAAUACUCCUACAUUUAAAUAUGUUGUAACCAGUGACAAUAACUUUUAUUUGUAAUAUCUGUAAUGUCAGUCAGCUCCAUGAGAUUCAGUUUGGAUCUUUGGCUCCACCAUGUGGAAAGCGAUAAGACUUCAUGCCAGGCAACAAUGCUUUUGAAUACUUCUCAGAUGGGACAUUUUACCAGUAACUUGUAUUAUUAACGACUUGCAUGCAGUAAUUCAUUGAAACGGUGCUUGUUAUAACUGUUUAACACAAAGCGUUAUUAACUCAAAAGUUUGUUAACAUUUACUUUAAAAUUUAACACUUUAAGUUGCAUAAUGUUUUUUUUUUUUUCUUGGGUUCAGUAUCUACAGUGUGCAUUGUACUGUUAUUAAAAAUGAAAGAAAAAAGUAUGUAUAAGUCAUCAAAUAGAAAUAUAUGCUUGACAAUAUUUGUAAUUAUUGAUGCUAUUCAAUGAUACAUUUGUAGUUU